AUGAUUGAAAAUGCUAAUAAAGAACAGGUUUCCAACCUUCUGGAAGGACUUCAGCGCUGCCGUCUCGAAGGCCUCUAUACAGACAUCAUUCUGUGUGUCGACGAAGAAGAAUUUCCAUGCCAUAAAGUCAUCCUUGCUGCAAGCUCGCGUUAUUUCGAUGUGAGAUUUUCUGUUCAUUUCCUUUUUUGUUUUUAAUCAACCGUUAGGAGCGUAUUCUAUUUUUCAUAUUCCCAUUCUUUCCAGCUAGAAAGUACAGCUCUAGCUAGAGCUAGGUAACAUUUUCCCUUCGCUUGUUGCCUCUUUUAUAGUUUAAACAGUACUAUUUUACGUAAAGGACAUUCCUUUGGUAAAAGACUGUUGUUCUAGCAUGAAAAGACUUCACUUAUCCGAUCAUACAUUGCGUACCAUCCUUUCGUGUAUCCCGAUUUAUCCAUCUAUUGUUUAUGGUCGAGCUCUUUUUGAUAACGUAUUGUCUUCCUCCACUGAAAAUUACAGUUUUAAUUUUCGCUUAAACCAUUCAGUGCCCCAGAGAUCGACUCAACUUGGUCUUACUCCAAAUUUGCUACCCAAACGCAACUUUCUUCGCCUCCCUGAUAGCAGUCUACUCGCCUAGGGCUAGCCCUGUCGCCCGGUCGCGGACCAGUGUUGCGAUUGACUAGAUUUUUUUAGCAAUCAUAGCGGACACUGUCUACACAGGGACAGUAGGUUGACGCGCCUUCUUUGACGAGCUGACGGCUUUGUAGCCCGAGGCGAUUUAAGUCGCUUGUCAGGGACCUAAAUUCCGGACAAAGUGCGGGCAUGCACCCUGCACGCGUGCAUACACGCAAAGAGACCCCCCAGGUGUGACGUACGAAAUCCACUCGGGUGAGCAUCGAGGAGGGGGUGUAGCAGAAAAACUCCUUCCCUCGCAGAGACCGAGCACUGUCAGCCAGUCAGGUUACUAGCGCUGCACUAGCGCGCAAGUCGAACGGGCCAGCAAAUGUCUAGCCCUGGGCGACUAACAGUUUUUAACGUCACCUACUGUUGGUAACCUUAGGGUUAAGCUUAAAAUAUUUCCUUGCCAGGGUUGGUGCGAGUCUACCCAUCCAUCGCUUAAUUAACAGGGUUAUUUGCAUAUUUGACGUUCGUUAAUUUGAUCUUAUUAUAUAAAAGUUGGAAGUUUAUGAAGGGUAUAGGUCGUAGUCAACUCCAUUAUUUCCUAUUAUAUUCAAUCUGGUGCAAAGACUCACUAUUUUCUAUCUCAACUUCCUCUGGAUUGUAUUGUUGUGGUAAUCUCGAUCUAACCGUCGACACCAGCCUUUUACACAGUCUGGUGACUUAAACACAUAUAUUAUUAAAAAAGCAAAAAUAUUGCAUGAAGUGCCAUCUCCCUGAUGCCGGAGUCGCCGUCACCAGUCUUUUGGGACGCUAAGUGGCAAAUCGCACGUUUUGCACUCAUUUGGCCCUAAUCGCAAGUUUUUGUGUCAGGGCUUCUUAUCACUAAUUCUUGCUGAAUAGGUGUAGCUUUAGUGUAGGCGUGCCUGUUGAUCCGUCGUUGCCGAUAUUUUACUCACCUCCUCAACUUUGGCUUUAUUAUGUCAUGAUCUUUUUGUCUCUUAACAGCUCUGUACACUCUUGCCAUAUUUUGCCUUUAUAUUUGGUGUCUAUUUACAGACGAUGUUUAGAAUUCCACUUUCUGAGCAGAAGACAUCGCGUGUAUAUAUAAAACAGAUCUCUCCGUGGUCCUUAAAACACUUGAUUGACUUCGCAUACACGGGCUCCCUGGCCCUCUCAACCCAGACAGUGCAGGACGUUUUCUUGGCUGCCAACCUUCUUGACUACCCGCUUGCCGUUGAAGCUUGUAUUCUAUUCAUGAAACGUCACUUGGAUAUUUCAAACUGUCUCGGAGUCCAACUGCUGGCGGAAGCUUAUGAAUUUCCUGCUCUGGCUGAGGCAGCGCGGAAAGUAGCCGUUGACAAUUUCACCCGGUUUGGUUCUUCAGUUUGACUUUUUGGCCUUGCUACUUUUACAUACGCUUGCUGUUAUUUUUCGCUAGUCGUUUUUUUAACGUUCUAUAUCGAAACCAUUGUCUUCCUAAAGUAGAACUAUCAGAGACUGCACAACCCCCUCGGAUUCCAGUCUCUUUAUCUCCCUCUUAAAAAUCACACAUCGAAACAGCUGGCACCGUUUAUUCGUUCUAACGCGAGGUAGGUCGAACGCCGGUCUGUCUCAGUGCCAAAUUUCUCAUGCAAGUCACGGUUCUGCCUACCUAGUGGCGCGGCUGUGGUCUUCGUCGUUUGUCGCGGUCGAUUUAUAACGGUUGAAAAUAGUGAUACCUGUACAUUUCUCUGGUUAUAGUGCCCGAUGUCAAUUAUACGAGAGUUAGUUCAACGGCUGAUUAGUCUUAGAUUGCACUUUCUCAGCGAGCUGCAGUGACAGCUCAGGGAUGCACCGACGAAUGCCUAUGGAGUGUUUUCGAAACCUGGCCAGAGGUCAACUUAAGAAGGAAGUGGUUGCUUUUGUCGUGCAUCGUCACAAUGCAUCAGUCCAUGCGAUCCAUAAAAGUUCUUUUACUCACCACAGCUUGCAGAUUUGAUCCUUCCCAACCGCAGCCAUGGUUUUGCUGUGCACGACCACUAGCUCUCUAUUGAGGUCUAGGAGUGUUUGACACCAAAACGGAGUCCCCCUUUGCUGUCUAAAAUAUCUGCGUUUCCUAACAGAACUCGACUAAAUAUUUUUUGUCGCUUAAUUAAUUGACCAAAAGGUGCAUUUAAGUUGAGGGAUGCUAUGUAGGAAGUGUUGAUUUACACGUGGAAAGUUCAUUAGAAAUUGUGAUCAAAAAACUCCUAGGUCCAUUAAUCUACCCACUGAACGAAUUCUUUAGACAAGUGUCAUCUUGGUUUUGACUGUCAUCUCCAAUCGUGCUUUUUGACAUCGAGAUCUUACUUUACUGUUUUCCGAUUGAAAUGGACAAGUAAAAACUAAAGACACAGUAUCCUACAUGAUAGAAACUAGCGUGGUCUAUUAAAGUGUGUUUUUCUCCCUUCUCCAUUCAAUUUUCUGGAUAAUGACAAGUGUCUUUGCGCUGAGGAGUCAUAUGUAUGUGAAACCUAAAUCAAACGCUACUUAGUACCCGCUCAGUGGUUGUUGGGGAGGGGGAAUGGUAUGCGUAGCAGUGAACUACACGUAUAAAGGGAUGCUGAGACACGGUAAAACUAGAAAUGUUUCUAAACGCGGAAUCCCAAGCUCCCAAGGCAUGGUUAAACAAGCCCCCCAUUUUCCAAAUUACAAACAACAUCACCGUGGCUCCGAAUACACCUUCACAUAAUCCGUUUCAUGCGCAGACCUGUCUUCAUACUUAACCUAUGCAGUUUAUGAUGACUGAAGUUUUCAAUUGUAUUAAAUACCUCGAGAAAAUGGACGCAGAACUGCCCAUGCUUUUGUCUAGGGCGACUUUAUUUCUUGAAUCCCUCCUCAUGCACCUAACUGUUCGACAAAUGAGCCAGUUAAAUAGAUUCAUAUUCGGCCGCCUCUAAGAGUCCUGCAUCAUUGGUGGCGUGCGCAGACCCCGUCCGUUAUGAUCUAAAAUGUCGAUUGGCGGGUGUCACUGUUUGGUCCAGUAACGUUUUGAUGCCAAAUGUUAAUAGAAAAACAUCCGCGCGUUUUCUCGUGACAAUCCUUAAUUUGCGCUCCUAAGAAACCAAAUCAGGCAGCGUAUUUCACAAUGUGCUGCAGAGUUUAUCUGGAGUUUUCCCUGCAUCCGACCGCUGUGCAUAGUUAUGGUUGAGGGCGUUUUUCUGGGUUGGUAAUGCUAUUCUAUUACCUAAGCUGGUUACUUAUGCUGUCGUCUUGACUGGAAAUAGGGCAAUAAAUCCAGCAGAACUGUUCAAUAUCUUCAGUAGAGAGGGUACUUUUAUUCAGAACCAUUUCUUAUGGAUCGUUUACGUGAAUGAGGGUUACACAGUCCACACACAUGAACUUGUGAGCCGGCAGUAAUGAGUUUGGUGGGACAAAACACUGCCUCUGAUUUGUCUGUUCCCAGGGACUUUCCGUUGCAGUCAAAUUUUCUAUGCCGCAUACCCUGUCUUCAAAACGUAAUCUCGACUGCCAACUACGUAGCUAUGCCUGUCAGUAAACGUGCAUAAUUACAAUGGAAUAUAUUUCCCGUGACUUCGUGCACUGCAUUAGCGAAGUUAUUUAAAAUGUACUUAGCAGAAUAACACUACCGACAAAGACAAGGGAGACUGGAAUGACCAUUUCUGGCACAUUGGCCGUCGCCAGCCAGUCAUACCCAACCCCAAAGUUUGGAACACCUGGGGUUCGAUAUCGCGACCAUUAUUAAAACCAGCUGCCACUCAUUUGGGACGCCAGCUGUUUUACGGCCUAGGUUAAAUAAAUUGUGUGACGAAUUUGCGGGGACUGGAUUGAAAAGCAUAAAAAGUCUGAACUCCGGGGAUAUAUCCUGUGAUUGUCACUCUUAGUCCAUACGUUUUCAUCGUUUUCGGAGUUUUUAUUCAUCUGGGUCCUCUGUAUAUUGCGGGAUGCCAGAAAGUGAAGCUUGAGAAUUGUCCAACUAUUCUGCGUUUAUCUGGCUUCAUUUUCUAUUCCGGACCGGUCCGAACGAGCACAAUUGCAUGACAAGCACCGCAGACAUAGGAUGAUCAUGGCCUGAACGGGGAAUGUCGUGCCAAUUCUCAAUCCCGUUUAUUCAAUUACCAUAUGGGUGACCUAAAAGCGGACUUAAAACGAUCAGAUUGUUCAUUUUACACUUACCAUGCCUUUUCUAUCCUCACUGCUCAAAGAAAUCCGUUCUUUAUUGCCUUUACAACCAACGCGGACGCUUUAGGCACAUGUCUGCUGAUGACUGGCGUUGAUUCUGACAACUUAACCUUGCAGCCUUUGAGUGUUUUUCAUCACCGCUUCUGCAUAUCAGUCGUUCCUGUCAUGUUAUUACCCGUCUACUGCAUUUUGCGGAUUCCUGUCCUAUAGUAUAAGUUCGAUAGAGGCUUACGACUGUAGAGACGUUGGCGAUCGUUUAGGCUGGCCAAACGGAUAAUGAAAGACUUUGCAGUGUCCUUCCAAUCUUACAUAUAGCUCCGUGGAAACUUCCUUUGGUCUCUCACCAAAUUGAUUACCUGUUCGUUUGACGUCCCCCUCUAUCUUCUAACUGUAGUAAUGACACCCCAACUUAUGAACAGAACAGUUAUUGCCCUCAAUUAUCUUUUUGUUUAAACCUGGAAAAGCCAAUCGGCGUACAAAUGUUGCCUAUCUCGCGCUUUUUUAUGCUGACAUCCACAUUCUUCCGUCUUUUUAGACUUGUUCAAGAGUCAACCGAGUGGUUGUCUUUACCAUUUGCCUCCGUGGCCGCCUACUUAGCCUCUGAGGACUUAGACGUGCGCUCAGAACAGGUACUUCUCCUUUGCCUCCUUGAACCCCCGAAUUAACUGAAAAUGAAUCGCCUCCUUCAUCAGUCCUUCCAUGUUCCUACAGAUGGAGAAGGAGCUAGCAGUGUGUCCAUGUUUUUUUUUGUCACUUUCAGGUCGUUUUGAAGGCCUGCCUUAGUUGGGUUGCUCACGAUCCGGACAACCGAUUGCGCUACCUUGUCACCCUUUUACACCACGUCCGACUGCACCAAAUCCCCACGCAGAGACUAAAGGAAAUAAUAGAGACAUCUAGCGUCCUUCGGGUACGUUGCUGUUGUUAUUGAUUUCAUAUCCGCUUUCCCUAACUGUUGAGAAUGCUCGGCGGUGCUCCCAUCGGCGACUCUUGAGAGUCCGCCAGAACAGUGAAAUCUUCAUUGUAAUUAAGGUUAGUGAUCUUAAGGUGGUUUUCCAAAGUUGCUGCUGGACUUAUUGAUCUGUAUUGAUGUUUAACUAGACAGGCUCAUCUGAAUGUCAGUCACUAACAAGAGGCAACGACGGACAGGUAGUACCUCUCUUUCUAGUGGCACUUGAAUUUAUUAGUCAAAGUUAAGGUUAGAUCGCAGUUGGUAGCCAGGAGUGAGGAGGCGGACGGCGACCUUGAUCCUAAUCUUAACCUUAAGCCCAACCCUAAUCUCAACCUCAAACGUUUACCAUUAACCUUAAAGGCAACCCUAUCCUAACCCUGACCGAAAUCGUAAAAUUAACCGUAGUCCUUAGACAUGGCCGUAACUGGAAAACCUAACCGUAAUACUGAAACCUUAUCGUACGCUCAAACCCUAAUCGUAACCCGAAAACCUAAGCCUAAAGGCAUAACCCUAACCCGAAAAUCGGAAGUCGUUAACCGGCACACAACUCCUAACCUCAAACGUAAAACUGAAGCCAAAUGGGGCAGAUGUGAUUAUGGAACCCCACAAAAUAGCCCCAGGAAACAAACCCCCCAAGCCACUUGCAAUACAGGGCCUGGCUACCAACUGCGAUCUUGCCAAAGUUAUUUCACCUUCCAUCCUGGAUAAGCCUCGUUCGACGCCCUCUACUCGCUAAAGUAGUCGUUCAAUUUAGCUACCUUUUACUGGGCAGACGUGUUAUGCAAAGCUCGUCCUGGGCUGAUAUUGUCGGCUUCUGAAGGAUGCAGAUGGGCCUGACUGUGUACGAUUCCUUCCUAUUUAGCAAUGUUCUCCUUCUGAACAAAACUGCCAGCAGGUUUUUGUCCUCCAACCUAUUUGUCAGGCGGUACCAUGGGCAUAUGCGUGGAUCUCUUCUUAGUAAAUUACCCCCUAGUUAGGUUAUCUUCAAACUAUCCGUUCUUUCUUUGCUUAUUAUACUUUCAAAGGCCUCUUCUACUUUUUACGUUCUCCCGUUGCUGCUACCGCUUACUCCCUUUAUCCUCGUCUUCCCCUGUGUACAUUUCUUCCAAUUCUCUGCGACAGGACUGCUACACCGCCUGCGAGUACGCGGAAACUGUUCUGAAGGCAAAGUUGUCCUCUGUCUCCCCCACCGCAUCGCAAGUAACCGACCUGGACAAUAACUCCAAUUCGACCUCCACCGGCACCGACGUAGGUCAGGACACGUCACCACCACCAACGGACCCUGUGGGCGCUGUUGCGUCCCUGGCCCCACCGCGACCGGCCACUGUGAAGCGGGACACGCUGAUUGUUUUGGGCGGCAUCAACUCAUACAUACUCGACUCUGUGGAGGCGCUUUCUUUCUCUAAGAGCUGUUGGUUGCCCUGUCCCCGCCUACCCACUGACAGUCUGACCUGCUUCUCCGCCAUCGUAGUGGACAACACCCUCAUCGUCACCGGUGGUAUUCGGGUUCGUUCUAGUCCAGUCAUUUAGUGCGCGCGCGUGUGUGUUUUGUUCCCGAAACGGGCGACCUGGUAGAUACGCUUGACCAAAAAAGAGACCAGAUCAGAGUCCGACGGGCGUUAUUGCGAAUACGCAUCCAUAACAAAUGCCAGAAUUGGGGUAUGGUGGUCGCCCAUGUGCUGGCCAUCGCCGCACCGACUGGGAUCCGUGCCACCCCCUAUUUUUCUUGUAGCAUAAAGUCCUAGUCAGUGUACUCUGUGGACCAAGGGGUGCGGUGGUACGCCUAGGUACGGUUGUUCGCUGUGUCAGCCACCUGCGCCCACUCUCGCCCUCAGUUUUCUUGACGCUGUCUUGACAUUGGGUCAAGGUGGGGAAUGAGGAGAGAGUGCGGCAGAUGCUGCACAAGUCUGCUAUCACGUUAAACUAAUUCACGCGCAUGUCACUGUGCCUGCUGCACCUUGGUGUGUAGUGCACGCUGGACAUCAUCGGUCACGACGGUGCUGUGCUAGUUCUGUUUAAGUGGAUCUGCCCUUUUCUGAGAUAGUUGUAUACAUCUCGUGCACGUAAGACCUGCCCUGAUCAGAAUAAAGCAAGGUCAUAUUUCACGAAGGUAGAAAGCGUUUUGAUGUUUCUGCCAGAUUACCUUUAUGAAUCAACCUCGUGUCAUACGAAAAGUCCGAUUUUUUUGUUGUCUUAUGGUACCGGAAGCAAUACGGACAAAGACAAAGGAGGCUGGAAUGGUCAUUUCUGACUUGUUAGCCAUCGUCGGCCAGCCUUACACAACCUAAAUUUGCAGGGCUUGCUUUAUUUUUGGACAGAAAAUCCUAGGUGGUGGUGGUUCAACCCAAGGUUGACUUUGAGUGGGAAACUGGCCUGGAAUUGAAGUCAAGGUAGACAGCACAGCAGGAGAAAUGGUAGAACCAGGUUUAGCAGCAAAUUUGUCGAACGUUCUACCCACUAUCCGACGUUGGAACCAUGGACGUCGCAGGGGUUGGUGAGAUAGCCUAGUGUGUUCGCUGCCAGGAGUAUUCUUCAGGACUAUUUCUUAAUCUACGAAGACUGACAAACUUGUCAAACGUAUAGCAUUGAAAAAAAGACACGAUCACCUUACGGGUAGUUGUGUUUCCCUGAGCAUCCGGACUCGUACAGAAACUACGAAAAACCGGUAGCAUACCUGCAGUUUUGUAGUCUGGAAAUGCGUGAAAGGUGUUGGGGCUAUGCGUCCGCUUGGGCUGCAACCACGCCGCCACGCUGUAUGCGUCUCGGGCUGAAUGGUAGUCGUAGAUAAUACUAUCUUCAUUGAAUGUCCGGUAUUACAGUCGUAACCGUUCGCACUGGAGAGUCUACAGGAUUAGCGUAUGUCCCUACUGCUACAACUUAAUAUUUCCGACCAAGUAAAGAAUCGAAAAAGGCGCUAUUCCAGGAACCAUAUCUAGAUAAGCCUGCUGUUUCGAACGCGCAGCAUCCACCGUCGCGUGCAAUACUGACGUCGCGCCAUAAAAGUAUUGGACAUUACGGUUGUUCCUUUUUUGGGGAUUAAGGCGACGCCCCUUUCAUCAGGAACCCCAGGGUUAGAGAGUUUCGUCAUAGCGAUUACUUUUUAGGGCGGGGACGUGACUUUUCAUUCUUUUAGGGUAUCUAAAAACCUCUAAGUUCUGACAGAUCACGGAUAGAGUCUUGUUCUUCUCUCAUGUCUUGAAAUGACUUUGCUGUAUUUUGAAUUAUCUAUGAAUAGAAGGCAUCCAGUUUCCCAGCCUACGGCCAGGGCAAGCAAAACUAAUGCUCCAGGUCACUUUUGAAAACCAUAUCUUCUAACUCUUCUUUAUUCCGGCAAGUCGCCGCUUGCUGGCAAACUUGGGUAUGUGUCCCCUCUCUCCCCCUCAGGCAGGACACCGGAAUAGGAGCCCUCGUAAUACAGGUGACUUUGUGCAUAAUUCUACGGAAGGUAUUCUUAGGGCGGGGUUAAGGUUAGCGUUAAGGUUGUAGUCAUGGUUAGGGUUAGGACACAGAAACGAGUUCCAUUUCUGGAAUUUAGCGCAAGGCCAUCUGUAUUACGGGGGAGUGGGAACGUUCCCACUCUCGUGUGUUGCAGGGAGGGAGGGGGACGCAUAAACAACCCCUACCCAAGCUUAAGUGACUAAGGGCAAAACAGCUUGGUAAGUUAUGACAGUGGGCGCUCACCGAUCAGGUUAAGGAACAUACUCGUUCCGUUGUGCCUUGGGUCUCACACUGGAACCCUCGCAGGCACUCGCACAGCGACUAGUAAUAGACGUAGUUGAGAUGGUGAUGACGGCUGAUAAGCCAGAAAUGGCCAUCCGGUCUCCCUUGUCUUUUUCAGCACCAUCUCAGCUUGAUAAGUACUAUCAGUCCUCACAAUUGAUCCCUGCCCACUCGCAGCGACUUAGGUUUACAAGCUCAUGAGUAGCUGCCACCGUCUUUCCGGGGAGCUGUGAGUGCAGUGCGUUCACAAUGACUUACUUUAAACCCUCCGAUGAGCCAACUACCUGUUCAUCCGGCUGUAUGGGCCUGAUCAGUUUAUAGGAGUCAGUUAUCUUCACUGACUUGGACGACUUUGUCAAAGACACUUUCGAUCUCAUAAAUAUGCUACAAUACUACUGAGUACGCCUCUGCUCAGUCGGGAGCGCCUAAAUUUGAUUUAGCCGCAUCAUUUACGCCUAUUCGAUGCAUACAAUUGGUAAUUCGUCAAAUGGAGAUGCAAAGAUGGCGUUCUAAUGAUCUAGGCAUGAAAUCUUUCUGGCCCUUUGAGUUACCAGUCAACGAACUAGGUCAUUUGACUUCGUGACCACUAAUAUUAGUCUAUUUUGAUCCUUAGGACUUAGUAACCUCGCGGCCUCCCCAUAGUUGCCUUUGCUCUUCUGUCACCUCUUUCUCCCCCCACGCCCGAAUUCGGCCGAACCUCCGUUGCAGAAAGUUUUAGUUUUAAUCGUUCUAUGCAGCGACAAAUAUGCUGACAGGAUUUUCCUAGAAUCAUGUUAGACUCUUCCCCUUUCGUUUACUUUAGGCUGGCACCAUCGUGUCUUCUGUUUACCGGUAUGUGGUAGAAGACAACGCCUGGACGGUUGGGGCAGACAUGUUACAACCGCGUGCGCGUCAUGCCUCGGUUGCCAUCUUGAACUCCUUACUCUUCGUCUUUGGUGGAGUAACCAUAUCGUCACGUUCUGAUGCCGCCGCCGUUGCAUCGCGUCUCGAAGAGGCAGACUCAGUGGCUGGUAAUCUGUCGGAAAAUGCGGACGCUGCUGACAUCUUUGAUGCCAGCGCCGUGCCUGAUCUGUCACUAGUGGAGACGAUCGACUGCUACGAUGUCCGACUCGACCGCUGGACUACAGUUGGCCGCUGUCGCUCCCCGAGACAGGGCUCUUCCGUUGUGGUUAUCUCGAACACCCCCUCCACGCCUUCAGAUGAUUUUUGCCCACUGCCAACUCACAAAGACAGCUGGCAUGCCUCAGAGAUUGAUCAGUACUUAGGUAUCUUCCCACCCCGCACCAUAUAUAUAUAUAUCAACUGGAGCGAAAAUGCGCGCCCCAGAGAUAAAUGAGAAGAGUCGAUCACGGGAACCAUAGGUUUAAUGGCCUGACGUCUCGAAAGCAGAGAAGCUUCCAUCGUCGGAGGUGUGUUCUGUACAGCGCCUCACAGUAUUCAUGGGUGCUGAGCAUGCCGGCGUGCUGUAAUUCCUACUGCUAUCCCUGCGGGAUUCACCGCAUGGGGGAAGGAUUUAAUUGCUGUCAUGCUGGUCGACGUCUUUCCCCCUCCCCUCGUCGAAUAUUAGAUAUAUGGGCCACGCACAACAAAUGUGGGCAAUGCAGACGAGGUCAAUGACCGCUACCAUCCAACACCGCAUCCCGACGAGGAGAGGGAGAAAGACAUCGACCAGCAUGACAGCAAUUAACUUCUCCCCCCCAUGCAAUGCAUCCCACAGGGAUAGCAGUAGGAAUUACAGCACGCCGGCAUGCUCAGCACCCAUAAAUACUGUGAGGCGCUGUACAGAACCCACCUCCGACGAUGGAAGCUCGUCUGCUUUCCAGACGUCAGGCAAUUAAACCUAUGGUCCCCGAUGCAUAUGCAUGUAUACACUUCAUAUUACUCGUAGUACAACUUGUUUGUAGAAUGGGCAUUACGUGGUUAUUCCGCAGCAGUCGGUUGUCUCCGACCCAAAUAUUCUUUGAAAUUUCGGUUCUGACCCUUAAAAGUCAUUUCCCGGCGACUUAACUCAUGUCCUGCACUGAAUAAUUUCUAAAAUUAAUAACUUGAUUAUUCUCUGGAGUUCAUAUACCAGAAACCGCAUACAGAACGCUGGGGGUCCCACCGAAGAGCCGAAUCCAUCGCAUAUGUGUCACACAGCGGCAGAAUAUCGGCGAAACACGUGUCUGGGCUUUUAGUUAGUACCUAUGUCGGGAGUACGGUAUAAUACGUUCGAUGUGUAUAUGUAUAUACACGGGUAGGGGUGGGGGAGGGGGAGGGGGAGACGCUCACCGACCGUUUUACGGAACUCAUUCGUUCCGUUGUGCCUUAAGGGCUCUCUCUCGAGCCCAACCAGCAGCCGCACAGCGGCGCGUGAUAUAGGCGGAAUAGCAUUACCGACAAAGACAAGGGAGACUGAAAUGGCCACUUCUGGCUUAUUGGCCGUCGUCAACCAGUCAUUCCCAAUCCCGAAGUGUGGAACACGUGGGGCCCAAUCCCGUGACCUGUUAGUUAGAAGUCCAACGCCACCAACCACUGAGUCACGGGCUCGUUGUCCUGUCGGCUGCGAUCGGGGAUAUACAUUGGUAGGUAAUGGUAUUCUGCCCAUAUCAUGCGCCACUGUGCGGUUGCUGGUUGGAAUCGAGAGAGAGAGCCCCAAGGCACAACGGGAUGAGUGCGUCCCGUAAAACGAUCGGGGAGCCCUCCCCACCCCUCCCAUUGUAUAUUUCAGUUGAUGUCUUUUAACAAUUACAAACGUGCCAUCAAAAUAACGCACCCAUAAUUGGGGAUUAACUAGUAAUAGGGCGAUAGUCUCUGAUUUCUGCAUCGUCACUUCUGCGAGAAAGCCAGAGAUCGGUGAUUCCAUAGGGGCUCCCAUCAGCUGUUGGUAGUAUCCCUGUGCAAGGGAAAAGUUCGUUUCCAGACCUAGGUCCGAGGGUUCUAGCAAAACAGAUGCAGGAAUAUCUGUGUCGUAGGACUGAAGACGUUCUUCAGUACAUUUUCUUGCUAAAUUCUGUGGUAUGGGUGUAAUUGGAGAGACGACAUCAAAGGAUACCAUUAUUUCAUCUGCUGCGAUUCUCAGGGGAGAACGGACAUUUCUGGAAAUAUAAGUAUAAGGAAUCGGACUUUUUGGGGAUGAAACAACGUUUUAUUGCGUAAGUUGCCAUAAACGGUUUCCCAGCUCGUCAAAAAUACGGGCAAUUUGAAAAUAUGCAUGUAUAUGCAUUUAGGGAGUACGGACAAAAACAAGGGAGACUAGAAUGCCUAUUUUCAGCUUACUAGUCGUAGUCAGCCAGACAUACCCAAUCCCAGAGUUGCGGCAUCUGAGAUUCAAACCCACGUCCUUUGGUUAUCGAACUGUCGUACAGCAGAUGUACUAUCUCAUGAACUAUCGACCGAAAUCCUGAAACGCAUUUUUGUCUCGAAAGGAUUACGUAAGUAGAGUUGUAAUAUGAAUUGUCAUGCAGCGUAGUUCUAAGAUAUUUGCGUCACAACAGCAUUUCGGCUUUUGAGUGAGCUUCUUUCCAGCCGCCUGCAAAACAUACAUUCUGUGAAAAAUGACUACCUAAGUAGUAUGCAUAUUUCUAUCGGCUUUCGAUGCCCUUAUAAAUCCAAUUAUAUUUUGCAGUAAACAUGCAGGAAAGUAUUCCUUCUUGUACUCAUUUGGUAGCAAACUACUUCUUCAAAUUUUAUAUUCAAAGAAAGGGUAUCUUUCAUCCUAAAACUUUUUACUUACGAGAUUUUUUAAGCUUAAAAUGUCCAUCCAUAGAGUAUCGCAUCAACACGUUCACUUGUGUUACUCAUCAAGUAUACAACUUGGUCCACAUCCAUUGCACUGGCACUGAGACCAGAUGACGUGGGUGAGGCUGCAAUGCCCACCCCCUCCUUGAAUGUGGCUGUUAUGGCAUUCUCGCCAACAUGAGAUGAGCGGCCCGCAAAUUGUCCGGUGCAUGUGCCGUUAGGACCACUUCGUGUGCGUGUCACGCGUAUUUGGGCUGUCAGACAGUGAAGCGACGCCCACCUCCGAUUAUCUUGGCAUUGUCUUGCCUGAAAAAAACAUGGUGGCCACGGGCGGGGAGUGUGCGGUAGGUGCUGUGCAAAUCUGUCUCAUUAAUAUUCGUGCACAAAUCACCGCCGUUGGACCCACUCCUUGGGGGUGCAGUGGACAUCGUCGCUUAUGACGAGCGAAUUGUCAUAGGUGCGCCACCGUAAAAUACUAAAGCGGAUGUGUCAUGAGCGGAUUCUCAGUAAUGGAAGUCCCGGAAAGAACCAGCAUUCUCAUUAUCCACUCCACCCUGAGGCCGAUACAUCCAUGUUGGAACGGCCACUGUGAGGAUGGGUGACGAGCAGUUGCUCAAAUGGUUAUUUAACAGCGACGUCCCUAGGGGUGUUCGCAGAUUGGAUGCACUGAAGCGUCAUUACACGGAUACACUAGAUUUCGCUCAAGCAUUCGCAGAUCAAUCGUGAGACUUGGGAAAACCUCGCGCAGACUGGACAGCCGUGGUGCACUGUCGCAAAACUUGAACCACAGUUUGCAAAGCCUUUCCCUUGUAAGGGGCUAAAACGAAGAGGGAAAACACAGAUCUCGAAUUCCACGGAUCCUCGCUGUAAAAGCCGAUUAAAAUGCUCGAAUUGCCAACCGCUGUUCAGAGCACGCAUCAGAGCCGUCCGGCAUCCUAGGCUCCACCAUCAUAUGAGGCCCUCAAUUAGCCACUCCCCUCACAGCGUGGUCAAAAACAGCAACUACUCAGACGUAAACUCAUCCAUCAACUCUGUCAUUCUCCCCACCGCUGCCAAAAGCACCAGCGGCAAUUUGGACUCAGUUUUAACUUGUUCCGUUACGGCCGCGCAUCCAGAUCACGCAUCAACCUUGUCAGUCACUUACGGACUCAUCACGCUAUGACAUUCGAAUCAGCGCCACUGCCCUCAACAUCCACUUGCCUACACUGUCCCAUGGCAUUCAGUUAUUCUACGCGCCCAUUCAAGUAUUUGCACAUCCAUAAAAACCCUGGGUAAAACACUACGCUCCAGACUGUAUCACGACACCUUGUCCUGCCCUCAUACCUCCCAACCCUCUGGCUACACACCAACCUACUUCACUGCACGGGCAUACGUAACAGAGCACUGCGAUUCACUUUGCCAGCACCGGUAUGGCGAAGGAAGGGUCGCAUUCAAGAACAUGCACUUAAGUGUAACUCGGUAUGUGCAAUGGGUGUGUGUGUGCGCGUGAUAAACGCAGACGGGCUGUUCAGCCCUGCGUCCACUUCCAUCGUCAGCCAGUUGACAGCCUGUUGGCACCUGGGAGAGGGAAGGGAGGAAGGACGACACUGGGAUAGCCAUCUCUAAGCUAGUUCAUGCAUGGCCAAGUGGUGGUUUUUGGUUGGAUCUCCUUUCAGUCGCCUUCGUAAUUCACACUUGCGGGGUAAAUCAGUACUUGGAUGGUGUGUUUCUUGUCCGGUUUUCAGUGCAUGCUCGGUAUUUCAUCUGAAAGAGCCGCCGUUCUCAUUACUUUGCUAUUUCAUCAUUUUAUUUGUUUGCAGUUUAUUUUUGUUACUAUUUCAUCGUAUUGCUUCGUUUUUUAUUUGUGGGAAGGGAAUAUCAUAGUUUUCAAAGCUUUCCAAGGUUUUUCUACAUACCUCUUAGUAACAUGGGCGUUACCAGUUCCGUUUAAGGUUUCAAAACUGCGCUUUUUGCACUAGCAGUCCAAAGCGAUCGCCUCGUUAGUAAAUGUGCACGUGUUAAAUGAGGGUUUUAGAACCCGAAAGUUAUCUUUUUAAAAUUACAGACUGUAAAUUACUAUGUGUUACGUAACUCACGAAAUGUGCGUAAAUGUACGAUAAAUCCCGAAUUAAUAGGAGACUGGCCCAGCCAAAUCGACCAAAACUCCUACUUAAUGGCGAAAAACCUUCAUGUAGAUGAAAACGUCGGAGAAACAUUGAAAGUAAUAUUACUUUGGCCAGAAAUAACCAUUUUUAGUUAAAAACGGGAAUGCAGAAAACACUAAGAAUCACUUCAAAUUAGCUAGCUCCAUUUGUCGAAAUACUUAAGUCAUGUCACCAAAAUUAACUGCAUGAGCAAAAUAACAUCUAAUUAAAAGAUUGUUUACGAGUUUCCUUCAAGAAUGAGUCUACUAUAAGCAUGGCAGCCAGUCAACUGCUUAGUGUGUGUUUAUGUGCUCUGAAGUGGAAUUAGGAGAACUCGACACAUUUUCUCCCUUUUUGCAUUAUCCGCGAUGCGGCUGACGGGGAGUCCGCCCUAUUUUGUGCAUAGGAACAUGAUGAAAAUAAGUAAUUCCAUAAAGACACGAGUUGACAGGCCGGUCAGUCGCUAAAAUUGGGAUAGAAUUGGCAGAUGCACCCAUAAGCAUUCCAUUUUCUGUGAAUAAAGAGGGCUUUUCUUCCGAAGGCGGAGUCCGUCUUGUUUCCUAGCAUCUUUGAAUACUUUGCGGUUUUAACUGUUUUUCGUCGACUGCCUGCAAAAGUAAGCUUUGCAGUUUUUCUAUCAAAACAGUUCUUCAAUGCUUUUACUUGUGCUGUGGGUUUUUAGGGUUGUACAACUAAUUAGCCUGCGGUAUACUUCUAUAAUAAUUCAGUAACCUCAUGAUGCCGGCUUUCGAAAGAACUUCCUUCUGGCUGCAUGCGAAAACUAUACUCUGUAAAAAAUGACCACUUAAGUAGCACGCAAUUUUCUCUUUGAUUUUUGAUGCCUCUAAAAGUCCAAUUACAUUUCACGGAAAACAUGCACAAAAUAUUUAUUCUUUUGCUCAUUCGGUAAAAAAAUUACGUCUUCUUGCAAUUUUAUACUCGAAGGAAGGAUAUAAUUCGGUUUUCAAAAACUUCAAAUUCCCGAAUAAUUUUGAACCCGCUCUGCCGUCCCAUUUCCAUUCAGGGUUUCCAAACUGCAAGCCCUGCAUUUGGAGGAGACCAUAUGGGGUUCAUGAAAUUUAGCAUUAGAUUUGAUCCAUAUUGUUAACUUUACGAGCCACAUUGGUAAAUGCAUAGACAUGACGUUUUAUGAAAGGACAUUUCAGGGUAUUAAAAAGUCUCACAUUUAGAAACUUGUUUAAAACCGAACUAUGUCCUUUCUUCGAGUAUGAAAUUGAAAAAAGACGUUAUUUUCUACUGAAUGAGCAAAAGAACGAAUAUUUUUGUGCGUGUUUUCCAUGAAAUAUGAUUGGACUUUUAGAGGCAUCAAAAAUCAAAGAGAAAAUUGCGUGCUACUUAAGUGGUCAUUUUUUACCGAGCAUAGUUUUCGUAUGCAGCCGGAAGGAAGUUCUUUCGAAAGCCGGCAUCCUGAGGUAGCUGAAUUAUUAUAGGAUUAUACUGCAGGUGGAUAAGUUUUACAACCCUACUUAAUUAAUCUUUUCGAAACGAAAACACAUUUCGGAAUUUCAUUUGACAUUUCAUGAGUUUGCUCACCAACUGUACAAGUCACCGUCCCUGCAUCUAUUCUGCUGCGGGACACGCGGUGGACAUCGUCGGGUUAAACGAUCGAACAUUUUGAUUUGAAAAAAGGAGGUCUUUUGGCCUCUAAAUCAUUCACACAUUCCCGUAUUAAAUCAGAAACAAUCGGCUGUUGCGCAUGCACCGCGGAGUUUACAAGUCACGCGCUGUGCGUUUCCCAUUUAAACCAUGUCUUGCAGUUUUUCAUGCCAUAUAAGAAGAGGCGGUCUAGUAUUCAAGACCUGUAACGGCUCAUGGUUCACUUUGUUUACUCCAAAAACGGCACUAUUAGAUGUGCAGGUACUGUACCACCUGGUAAGUCGUUUCAACGUUCCAAGAUCUCUUAACAUCUACAACCGUUUUAAGUCCGACAGAUGUCCAUCCCUCAGAUGAUGCCAUCUCGACGGGACUUAAUUUCCUGCAAGAUAAGUACAAAACCUGAGUGUUCUGUGCAUGCUUUUUGCAAAGUAUGAAUGGAUUCACACUGAGGUGGAGAAGCAGCAGAGCUAUGUGCACCACUUGCGUUGAACUUUCCAGCCAGCGUAAUUUUCGACAGCUGGAAAAGUUUCUACCUAGAAGCCAGUAUUCUGGUUUAUAUGAAAUGACCUGGCACAAUGUUGUAUGACAAUCUAUAAUCAAUUGUGUAAUUCAUAUUGACCCAACUGUGAAAAACUCGGCGCCUCUGUUGGAUUUGAACCCACGCAAUAAGGGGAAGGUUUUAGUACAGCAAACGCUCUAACCGCCUGAGCUACGAGGCCCCGCCGGACGACGCGAGUUUAAUCACAUUUGGGUCAAGUUACCCGCCCAACCUACUGCAACGUCUGGAAUCCACCAAAUCUGAUGCAGUAAGUUGACUGCCCAAGUAGGAUUUCCUAAGUAAUUCACCUAGAAUCCACCAGAUGACUACCAGGCUCGCGUAAUUCAUUGAUAUUUUGGCAGAUUUUGAUUAAUUCAUAUUGACCCAACCGUGAAAAAAUCGGCGCCUCGGUGGGAUUCGAACCCACGCAGUAAUUAUUCAAAAUCUGCCAAAAUAUCAAUGAAUUGUGUAAUUGUUUGCCAUACUAACAACACAGGGUAUUAGCAAAAAGCCCAGACACGCGUGCCUCGCCGAUCUUGUGCCGCUGCCUGACGCAGCUGUGAGGAGUUCAGCUCAUCAGUGGGUCCCCCAGCUUUCCCCCUGUGUUUUCUGGUAUAUGAACUCCAGUUUCAUUCUGUCUUGUUGAAUUUCCGAGGAAAUUAAUGCGCGAACUUGGAGUAAAUUCAUUGGACUAAACCUUUUCAAUCAUAUUCAUAUCAGCUUUCGGACCAUGCCUGAAAAGGUCCGUUGCGAAGAAUUUACUCCAAGUUCACGCAUUAAUUUCCUCGGAAACUAAACAAGGCAGAAUCCAUAAUCACUGUCCUUUGUAAGUUAAUACGGCGGCCUCUCUGCUGCAUGUGAGAUCCGGACACUUCACCUCCUUUGUGUGAAAUGCUAGUAAAUUGUGUGUGUGUGUGUGUGUGUGUGUGUGUGUGUGUGUGUGUGUGUGUGUGUGUGUGGGAUGCCAGGUCCUGUAUGUGACACUCGCAGACGAACUCCAGCUGUGAGCCACUGCACCCCCAUCAAACAACUUACCAACUCAGACAGUGUACUGAGGACUGAGAGUAGGAAGAGAGAAUGAGGUCGACUGUCUCGGCGGAUAUUCUUCACUACAAAACAAAUUGACACUUUUGAAUCUGUCACGGCACGCUGAAAGCCGUGUCUUGAAAGGUUGGCAACUGAUGGGAUAACUCGCAGUCAGCCCAGCUUGUUUGUGUGCAGUGACCGACUGUUGGUGUGGGAGUCAGGCUGCAGUGGUUUCUUCCUAAUAUGGCCUCAAUAUCACGCCCACCCAGUGGGACCCGAGCCGGUUUGGUGGCACACGCUAGGGUGCGGCUCCUUCCGCCACGCCAGCCACCUACGCCCUCUCUCGCCUCAAGUCUUCUCGACUCUGUCUUGACAUCGGGCCCAGGUGGGGGAGGAGUACGGUAGAUGGAGCGCAAUUUAGAGAGGUUGACUUGCGAGCCACCGUCCUUGCGUCGACCCUGCUUUAGAGCACAUGGUGGACAUCGUCGGCAACGACGAUCGACCUGUUGUUGCAGUAUUUGAAUUUACAAGUAGAAAAACGAGCUGGCAGCUUCUAUUCAGCAAGCGUGGAGUCCAUCGGUUGAGUCAGAAGUCGAAAGUCUGGUUAAUAACAGGGAUAAGCACUGUGUUGAGACUCUGAGGUGAAGUGGAGGCCACACAUUCUUCUAGACUCAAUGACACUAUGAUGUGAAUGACCGUUUAGUUACGUGACAGCCAUGGUCUCAUCAUUCUUAUAACCUGCUCCACAACUAUAAAGCCGUCUGUUCUUUUGACAGAAAAAAACCUGUGAUUCAAACCCAAAUUAUCCGAUCAUUGAACAUUUCGAAGUCAAACGUUCACGGGCUCUUUACCUUAUCCACUGUGAUCGCGAAUUUAAACUAUGGUUGAAAGGGCGUUCACCAAUCGGGUUACGAGCGUGCUUAAAUUCGGGUUCAAAUACCAGAUUAUUCAGAAUUGGUGUUGAAUAUAGCUGAUUAUAAGCCGAAAAUGGCCAUCCCAGUCUCCUUCGUCUUUGUCGGUGUCCGUAUGCGAAUGCCUACCAGGGCUCUCGGUUGGGUCCCAGGGCGCAACGUGCCGAGCAUAUCUCGCAGUCUGUUCGGUGGACGACUUUCCUAUGAUAUGAUAGUUCGAUCAUCGCUUACGACGAUGUCCAUCGCGCGCCCCACAGCACAGUUGGCGCAAGACGGCGACUUGCGCUGCAGCUACCACACUCUCUCAUCCCAUACUCGCCGGACCCCCAUGCGCAGGUCUGUUAUAGUGAUGACAACAUCUACCACACCCUGUCUUCCCUCACCUAGUAGAAAGACAGGGUCUGGGCGGUCAAGGGUGAGCAUCCCGUCUACGUGCGCCGCAUACGACUUAGUCCACUGCACGAUGUCCUGGGUUUUCACAAAAUUAGGGACGAUUCGGAUCUCACGUACAUGAAGCGACGCUAGAAGAGGGCCACUGACCUCGACUCUUACUUUCCGAGCCAGUCACCCCCUCACAGGACAAUUUAACCGUCGUUGCCUACCAUGUCCAUCGUGUGUUCCACAGCAGGAUGGAAGCAGACAUGGUGACUUGUGCGUGAGUUAGUUUAUAGUGAGAGUGUGGUAAUGUGGUCGUGUCUGCGGUGAUUUACCGCAGGUUUUUAUUAAUGUGCAUGUGACCCAGUAGGCGAAUGAAUGUGCGUGGACAGUUGAUGCGGAUGCGCCGAGUGUAUGUGGAUGCCCCAGACACUGGUUUGCCAGUCUCUGUGCGACGGAUUCGCAAGUGACCCAGUGGGCCGAUGUGUGGGGCGAAUGUGCGGGGGCAGUGUGGGCAGGAUAGGUCGGGGGGGUGUCAGAGCCGGUUUCAACGGUGCUGGUUGUGCUCGUGGGCGCACUGGGCGACGGGAUUGUGAUUGAGCCAGGCAUGGCGGGUGUGCGAGGCUUGUCGAUACUGCGUUGGAUUCCGCUGUCGUGGAUACGCCUGUGACCGAGUAGACCCACGCGGUGGAUGAAUGUGCAUGCACGGUGAAUGCGGAUGCGACAAAUGUAUGUUGGUGUUACAGGCACUGGUUCGCCAGUCACAGUGCGAUGGAUUUGCAAGUGACCUACCAGGCCGAUGUGUGAGGUGGAUGUGCAACCUCAGUACGGACAGGUUGGGGCAGUCCACAUCGCUGGAGCUGGCGGUGUUGGUAGUGGCGGUAAUAGAUGAUGGGACGUCGGAUGUCGUCCCAUCGAUGAGGAAAGUGCGAAAGGUCGUGGUUAUAUGGAGCUGGUCGCUGUGAUUGACGCAGGCCUUGGAACAGAGCGGAUAAUGUCGCUGAUUGAUGGCAGCGAGGCCUUGACAGUCUGAUUACUGGCGGCGCGAAUGGUCGUCGUCGCGGAUUUUGCGGCAGGGGCGAGAGUGAGUGAAGAAGUUGGCGUUGUCUGAUCACUGGUGUAUUGCGUCCGAAGGUGUCCUACGAGACCGAUCCCCGCGUGGAAUGUGAGUUGACAGCGCGGGCAUGUUGAACGCAACUGACUGUUGAUAUUGGGGAGUCGAGGCACUUGAGACUUAAGUCUCCCUUUUGGCUUUGGCGGAGGCGAUCCGACUUGCCCCGUAGAUGGCUGCGCCAGUAUUCACCUCUCUUCUGCAUGCCGUUCGGUGCCGGGUUAGGUCUUUCCAGUUUGCCGGGUUGAUCUGCAGGCCCUUCGUGGAAAUUCUUAGACUGUCUUUGUGGCGCCGAACUUGAUCUUGUCGACAAGAGCCCAUAGCGACAUCUCCAUAGAACAGUCGUUUGGGUAGCCGCUCAUCGUCCGUCCGUGCGAGGUGGCCGCUCCAGCGCAGUUGCAGUUGCCUCAGCAUGGUGUGGAUGCUGAGGAUUCCUGUCCGUUCCAGUGCUUCUGUAUGCGGAGUCUGGUCUUGCCACCUCAACUUUAUUAUUCGUUGAAGACAUCUGAGAUGCAAAUGAUUGAGCCCUCGCGCCUGCUUCUUGUACACUGUCCAGGUCUCCGCUCCAUACAGCAGCGUUGGCAAAAUGACAGUUUUGUACAUCUUGAGCUUAGUGCUGGGGUGGAGACCCUGACGAUUCUAGACGAUGGAGCCUCGGAGGGGCCACCUCGUUGGCUUUGGUGCUGCCAAAGAGGGUGCUACCCAGGUAGGCGAAGGUGUCUACGGCUUGCAAUGAGUAGCCGUUGACGUCGAUGUGAGAUGCAUUGUAGACAACGUUGGGCGGCGGCUGGUGCAUGACAACCAUAAGUAAAUAAUUUCUUUCGAGAUGUCUCGCUUGUUUCGAAGAGGGUGCUAGCCUCUCCUAGCCCUGCUUCCUCAAGCCGGCUCAACGUGUUAGGUGGCAACGCGAGGGCAGGGGAGACAGCCUACAAAUGGUCUCUUCUUUCCGUGCGAGGUGGGACAAAAUUGACCCUGUCGGUGGCACUACCCUCAUCUGUGUCGGGGUUGGUGUUGCUGGACUUUCAAAACGGUCGUUCCUGUUGAGUCGGACCUAGAAAGAAACCGUACUCACGUGUGGCACGUAGGGACGGGGCAAAGUGCCCGGGCAGUCAUCGCGCCCACUCAUAUCUUCAUUUGUCCCGGCCUAGUCCUGUCAAUAGGACACGUUUCGAGAGGGUUGCACACUUUUUAUGACGUUCUAGUCAUUAGAAUCUUCACCCACAAGUCACCCCCUACCUCACCGAAAUAGUCUUCGUCCUGGUUGAGUAUGGACCAACCAUCAGUUGAUGACGAAAUCGCGUUUAUAUCCGUCGAUGGUUGGGUGGUUUUACUGCAAAGUCCCCCUUAUUCACAUGUCUUGCCCUGCACUACUUCUUGCGUCUGAUCGCCAUCCGCCCUUCUGUUUACAGAUCAUCAUCACCCAUACACCAUAAUGGAGAUGGGCGGUACGCUUGACGUUUACUCGCAUAUUAUCUCUGACAGGAUGGCCAUUUACCAUGUGAACACCGACUUCUCUGUACAGACGCCCGAGGACUACAUUGCUCUACCUCAGCCAGUGCGUUACGCCAAGUGCGCAGUUGAUCCUGUAAGCUGUCUUGCCCCCUGUCUAUACAAGUUGUUUGCGAAACUCGCUGCCCAUUUUCUUCCAACUCCUUUACUCCUUUGGGUUUUUGUCACAAACUACUGCCCUUCGCUCCCAUAUUGGACGCUUUACUUUUGCUCGUUCAGUGUGAAGAGUGCAUCUUCUCUCAUACAUCACUUCCCAUCUUCACACUGACCUUGACCUAUGAUUAAUUCAAACAGUCUUCUCCUCCUCUGCCACCAAUUAUCUUCCUUUUUUAUUAUAUUUUGCCCUCAAUUAACAGCCAAGUAAACUGGUCUAUAUCUUCUGGGAAUUGACUGGAGAACUCUCAGUGCUGGACUUCUACCGACAGUCGAUGCGUUCCCUCAAACCAUUGUCAAGUCUCCCACAGGCCGCUGGAGCGCGCGUACACUGUGGUUGCGCCUGGGUGAACCACCGUCUCUACGUCCUCGGUGGUUUUGGUCACUUUGUGGGUGCGGACAGGCGUCCAACCGCAGCGCGGGACGACUUGCACUGCUACGAUCCUCUUACAGAUACCUGGUAGGGUACCUCCCACCUCCCUCCAUUUUCGCUUUUGCAAGGGCCAGCACUCACAGCAUGACGCGGAGGUGCUGCUGUAGUGCCAGUCGCAAACUUAUUCCAAGAGCUGGGCACAAAAAGUCAUUCAGAAAAGCCGGAUUGUAGAGAAUUGGUUUGCCCAGUCAGAUGUCAGUGAGUAAGUAGAACACACACAAUUGUUGAAGUGCUUAAGACAGAAUUAUGGGAAUGCUCCGUAAAAAACCAAACCUCCUCGUAGCAGCGCACCCCUCUGAUCUGCGAUCUACUCAGAUAAGCCACCGCUUUGGGCACAACUGUCGGCAAGUCUCAACGUUUCCACUCCGCCACCGUUAACUCAUCUUCCACACGCUCGCUGAUUGGUCGAUUUAAUAAUUGGCUCUCAAGCGGCUGCGGUUCCUGUCUGCACUCACCGCCACACUCUUGUAUGCUUCCCUUUAACAGGGGGUAUCUACUCAUCUUUCUCUCUCAAACUUCAGAUCUCGAAGCAUGGGUUUCGAACAGCCUCUUCCUUUACAAGUUGCCUGAAUUAGAAGAUCAUAUAUCUUGCGCCUGAUUCCAAGGGGGACACCUACUCCCGUGUUUUAACUUCAACUCUAACCUCAACCCUGUGGGGCACGGGAGUAUUGCCCUGCGUACUGCAGUUGACCUCGCGUUAAAUUUCAGGAAAGCUACUUACUCAAGUGCCCAACUUCAAUCCUGACACUAAUCCUUACUCUUAUGUGAUUAUAUAUCGUACUGAUAACACUGGUAGUAGCUGUUAGCUAGUACCGGUUAUGCCGCAGUAGCUGAUAGAUUUCAGCUCAAAUCUUCAUUCCAACCUUUGGACCGUGCCUGAAAAUGUCGGUUCCUUAGGAUUUACUCCAAGUUCGCGCAUUGAUUUCCUCAGAAAUUAAACAAGGCAAUUCUAACUCUCUCAGCCCUAACACUAGCCCUCACAACCCCAGUCCUAACCCGCCUAAUCCUAACAUUAACCUUAAACUGCCACCCUUAACACUACCCUCAUAACUCUGAUCCCCCUAACCGUCACACUAGCCCUAACCAACCAGGCAAUUUAGGUCAAGGCCAUGUGUACUACGGGGGAUCCAUAUUCCCAUGUUCAACAUCCAACACUAGCACGCCUAGCCAUAGCUUUAGCUCCGACACUAACCCGCGUAAACCUUAACCCUAACUCCAAUAACCCUAGCCCCUAUGAAAUUUGGUGCCAAGUCACCUGAAAUACGCGGGGAUACCUAUUCUUGUGCCCUACCAUUGAUUUCAAUUGUUUAUUUUUCGUAAAAAUGUUAGCUGACUGGAUCCCACUUCAAAAAUGGUACCAAAACCACUAUUUUCAUCAUGACGGCUUUCCGUUUUUAUGUCUUCAUUACGUCUUCGCUUGGCUCUUUCUCAUUAUUUGUAAUUUUCUACCUUUUUCUUCCAUUCAUCCUUAGGUUUUAAGGGGGAGGUUACUUUGUGAUAAUUUGUUGAAUCAGCCCCUAUUAAUCUGGUCCCCACUUGUUCAAAUUUCACUUUGAAACGACUGUUUAUAUGAAUUAGAAUUAAGACAGUCCGUAGAAAACUGCCAAACCCAGUAACUUAGCAUCUGUAAGCAAUGCUUCCGUUGACAGAAGUAGUGUAUUCUAUUUCCCAGAAAUUCCGAUUCGGUGACGUAAGCAUCUAGAUUGAAGGUCGCCGGACUUUUCAGGAAUUUUUCACUAGUAUUAGGUUCCCUAACUAACUUAUUGAGUGGCACAUCCGAUUGGACGCAAGAACAAAGGCCCUCCGUACUAUGGGUGGCCUUGCGCCAAAUUCAAUGUUGAAUACCUAUUUUAAUGUCCUGACAUUGACCCCCAACACCGACUCAACCCUAACACCAAUCCUAAUCCUCUGUGAUAUGAAGGAGACCAUAUUCCUACGCCCUACUACGUAUCCUUCCGAAACGGGGGUUGAUCGGUCGUCUUUCCCUUCCCUAGGUCUGAAGUACUGCUCAGAGAACAACGGGUGCCCCGAGCCAUGUGCCACUGCGUAUGCUUGAGAAUGUGAGCAGCUGUUGACACAAGCUGAGGAAAUGUGAGCAAAACAACCAGACCAAGUAAAGAAAACGAUAAAUAGAUUUUUCGGCGAACGGAUAAUACGCUGUCUGUACGUGCAGGUGUUUGCCAGCAUUUAUUAUCCGGCUGAUGACGCUGGACCUUGGUACCUCAUCAAUUACUGAAGUCUUUCCUCAAAGUUUGGGCAAGUUACCCCUCUCUUUACCCGCCCCCCCCCCCACCGCACGCUGUGCGCGCGUAUCCCCUCUGACCGUCUACCACUGCUGCCUUUCUGUGACUGAUAAACAAGCCUGUCGGUACUUUUGUGUCACCCCCGUGUCUGUGUUCGUGGCUUCGCCUCGCUCUAGUCAUUCAUUUCUUUGGAUCCAGUUAAUAUCUUUCGUCUUCGUCUCUCUUUCUCUCUCUUAUGUCCCACCACCGCGGGCAUGUCCUUUCAACCGGUCCUUUAUACCUACGUCGUUUUCAGUCUCUCUCAACUUACCAUAAUCACGACACAUCGGAUCCUGGCGACCAUUCAUCCUGCUCUUCACGACUUCUUAGUUUACCCUUUUCCACUUACAUUUGUUUUUUUGUUUUUCCGCUGUUGCUUUUGCCCAUCGUAACAGAACCUAUGUUGGCUGAUAAUUUUCCAUUUUCCCUGAACCUUUCCAUAGAUCCCGUUCACGCAUCCAUCUUUCCUUCAGACACUUUUUCGCGCUGUAGGCCUCGACGUCCUUUCUGUUGUGUCUGCUGGUGUGUGUGUGUGUGUGUGUGUGUGUGUGUGUGUGUGUGCUGGCCGGAAGUGACUUGUUUACGAUCGCGAGACGCGAGCCAACUUAUGCGUCACGCAUCUCUGCCCUGCCCUGCCUUGUUUGGUUCAGUUCGUCCGUCAUGCGCUGAGCAUGGGCUCGAUAUUAUUUGGGGCAAAUGUUUACGCUCGGUCGUAGAAGGCCAUCAGGUCGCCGGAACUUGUGAGUAAGUUACGUUAAAUGAUUCCAAAUUGCCUGGCAGUCUUUGACCGCAUCCGUUCCAAGGGAAAGUUAGGGGCAAUUUAGAAUAUUGAGCCCUGAAAACCAGCAUUUUCUUUGAGCAUCGUUAAGAUAUUGCACAGUCUACUUCUGGAUGUGAAUGUUCAGUGUAAGACAUGGGCCGCGUUUUCACUCGCUUUGUCUCGUUUGCAAGGUUUCGGUUUUUCUUGCUUUCGCUAUCGCAAUCGAUCCCAAGUUCCUUGGAAUCCUUCCCUGUUCGGUUGGAAAAGUAGACGCAGGAGAGGAGACAUGUUGGAUUGCUAAGUGCAUGCGAGCAAAUAUUGGAUAAUCCUGUGAGCGAAAUAGGUCAGCCUUCUGGGACGCAGAAAUACGACCGGAGAUAAAUAGGAUACUUCGAGGAAGUUGGGCCAUGCUGGUCUUCACAGUGACCUUAACACCUUAUGAAGUGGCUAAGUAUUUUGGGCCGGCAUGAACUAUACUAACUCAACUGCAGAAUCCUGCACGUCCUGUAAUUGGUAGCAAGUAGUUCGAGCGCAUCGACUGCGUAAAUGUGAAAGAGUUACUUAAUCUACGUCUCCGGGUCCGUUCUCUAUGGCAUUCAUCAGAAUUUGCUCAUAUUGAAUGAGUUUUGUACGGCUAAGAUUGGGAUUUAUUGAGCGCCAAAAAGGUGGCUCUUUUAGAUCACUCGCGGAUUUUGCCUGACGCUUGUAUUCUCUGUUCUGAGGUGAUCUUACAAGUCUUAAGCAGCAGCACGCGACAGUUCGACCGUCGAUUCCGACGAUGUCCCUCGUAUGUUACACAGCAGCGUGAGAGCAGGCCGGGUGACUUGUGAAUCAGUUAAAGCGUUAGUAGGCUUGCGAAGCUUCUACCACACUCUCCUCUCCAGCUUGGGCCCAGUGUCAAGACAUAGUCAGGAUGACUGCAGUCGGGAAUGGGCGUAGGUGGAUGUUAAGGCAAAACCCCACACCUAGGCCUACCACCACACCCCCUGGACAACAACAACCACUUGACCAGGGUUUUAAUCGACAACAAGAGCGACGGCCGGUCCGGCCGGAGUCGCUCCUAGGGGUGCCGCCACACCUGACUCGGAUCCCACAGAAUGGGAUUGCCGUAGAGGCCACAUUAAGAAGGAGCCACUGCAGCAUGACACUGGGCUGACUGUGAGGCUCAAGUUUGCCGUCAGUCGGCAACCUUCCAAGCCACGGCUUUUAGCGCACCGUAAUAACUUGAAGGGCAUCAGACUUAUUAUAGUGAGGAAGGUGCGCUGAGUCGUCGAUCUCACGCUCUAUUCCCAGUCCCCAGCCACUUUCCUGGCCGGUUAGCUGUCUCAUGCGGGGUAUGGCGCAGUAGCUGGCUGAGGUAGGGAGUUCGUCCGCGCGCGCCACAUGCACGACAUGGCCCCCCGGUGGCAUGGGAUUUUGGAGGGUGUUUACGUGUUGCAUGUAUUAAUGGGGAAUGUGUGGUAAUGAGGUCGUUCAUGCGGUAGUUUACCGCAGGUUUUUAUGACCUACUAGGCCUGUGUGGUGAAUGAAUGGGCGUGGACAGUUGAUGCGGAUGCGCCGAGUGUAUGUGGAUGCCCCAGACACUGGUUUGCCGGUCUCUGGGCGACGGAUUCGCGAGUGACCUAGUGGGCCGAUGUGCGGGGCAGUGUGGGCAGGGUAGGUCGGGAGUGUCAGAUCCGGUUUCAACGGUGCUGGUUGUGCCCGUGGGCGCACUGGGCGACGGGAUUGUGAUUGAGCCAGGCAUGGCGGGUGUGCGAGGCGUGUCGAUACUGCGGUGGAUUCCGCUGUCGGGGAUACGCCUGUGACCGAGUAGGCCCACGCGGUGGAUGAAUGUGCGUGCACGGUGAACGCGGAUGCGGCAAGUGUAUGUUGGUGUUUCAGGCACUGGUUCGCCAGUCAUAGUGCGAUGGAUUUGCAAGUGACCGACCAGGUCGAUGUGUGAGGUGGAUGCGCGACCUCAAUGAGGACAGGUUGGGACCGUCCACAUCGCUGGAGCUGGCGGUGUUGGUAGUGGUGGUAGUAAAGGAUGGGCUGUUGACGGGUGUCAGGAGCCUUUCUGUCGGUGGCGAGGGUGGUAGAGGUGUUUGCGUUCGUUAUCGCCGUAGUACUUCUACAUAGAAAUUGGAGGUGCUGGUGGCGAAGGCAAUGCGUUAUGGAGAUUCGUAACAACAGUGGUGAGGAUUGGUGCCAUCGUGGCCGCACAACUUACUCAGAUGACUGAACGGCUCAUGGCGAUUCGCGGUUUUUCCAUGCCAUCAUUUUCCGCUCCCACAACAUCUUCACUUUCGCAGGCGUCUCCCCUCUCGGACCUGAAAUUUGAGAUUACAAGGCUUGCCCACGAUAUAGCUUCUCUACAAGAACAGACGAUCUCGUCAUCAACCCAGAGCCCGCCGAGGUCAUCUACCGGCAUGUUCAAUCUACUAAUCCAGCACCUUCCAACACAUCCGCCAACUGCUGGUAUCACUUCGCCUCUGGUGGUAAAGUCCGUCGUUGCACCUCCCCCUCACCCUUCAUCUCUAAGCAGAGUAAACGGGUAAAAUGGGUCAGCCCGAAGGUUAGUGCGACCAAUCUUCCUGGCAGCUCUAUCCCUAGUCGUAUCUUCUACGUCUGUAACAAUCGGAGCCGCAGGUAAUUUUUGGCCGACACUCGUGCUCAGCUGAGUGUCAUCCAUAUCACAGCAUUCGAUCGUCGCGCCAUAAUGCCGGCUCCUUUCUUCAGGCCGUCAACACGUCGCCUACUACCAUCUUUGGAACCGGCUCCCUCUCUUUGUACAUCUACCCUCGGAGUCUCUUCCCUUGAGUCUUUUUUGUUGCUGACGUUCCCUCUGCCAUUGUGGGUGCAGACUUCCUUGCCGCCUUCGAUCCUCUGGUCAGUUGCCGUCAGUCCCGUCUUCACGAGCAAACCACCAAGAUCAACGCCCGAAGUGUCCCGCCAAUUAGCCGUCCUGAGCCCCGACCCAAAUAGUCCAUUGCAUCAACUCCUCGCCAAAUACCCCGACCUCUCUCCUUCCAACUUAAGCGCCGCGAUUCCACCACCCGGCCUUGCUCAUCAUAGCGGUACACUGACCCUCCCCCGUGUUUUCUCGGCCCUGCCGUCUCGCGUCUGCACAACCGUCUGCCACCAAGGCCGAUUUUAAGCCCAUGCCUCAGAUGGGCAUCAUUCGAAAAGUCGUUAGGCUUCGGCCCUCCACGUGGUUCCAAAGACCGCUACUGGUAACUGACACCCCUGUUGUAACUAUUGGGCAUUGGACAAAGUCACCGUCCCAAACUGCUCCACUGUUGGCAUCUUUAGGAUUUUGCAGGCGCCAUAUUCGGCAAAUCUCGAAGAUCAGCCUUGUUUAUGCUUUACACAAAAUUUCCAUCGCCGACAAGACGGCCUUUGAGCCUGUUUGAGUAUUUGUGCAUGCCGUUGGGAUUCCACAACGCCCCCUUGACCUUCUGGGGGUUCGUGGACCGUGCUUUGCUACCUAUCCUUUGUCUACGCACGUAUUUAUGACUGUCUCUGAUGAUGAGUUCGAGUGAGGAUCCAAAAUGUCAGGCCAAUAAAUUCCUUGUUACAGUGAGCGCACCGUCGUCUUCUAUUUACGACCUAUUGGUGGCCAGCACCUCUGCGGAAGAACACAUGGAGCAUCUUGCGAUGAUGUUUCACAGCCUUCAACAAUUAGGCGUUGUCGUCAAAUCAUACAAGUGCGUCUUCAGUGUGUCCUCCUUCGAAUUUCUCGGACAUCUGGUUAACUCCAGUAGCAUCCAUCCUCUUUCAUCGGAGGUUGUGGCCACGAGUAAUUUCUCACCUCCCUCUUUCAAGCGUCGGCUGCAGAGAUCUCUGGACAUGGUGAGUUUUUGUCACCAAUUCCUCCCGAGCUGUGCGGACACCAUUCUGCCGCCACGGGCCUUUUCUCAGAUCCCAAUGCUUCGUUCGAGCUUUUUGCGGACGCCGUCGCUGCUUUUUGACAAUGUAGAGGCCGCGCUUCCUGAUGCCGUCUGCUUCCGAUGUUCCCAUCUCCUUCAUGGUCGAAGCUUCCAAUGUUGCAGUCAGCGCAGCUCUCCAGCAACAACUCGGGAGCAGACCCAUCCCAUAGCUUUCUUUUCCGGAAAGUUAUCGGCUGCCGAAUCGCGCUAACGCACAUUUGGACGGAAGCUUUUGGCCUUGAUGCACUCCCGACACUUCUUUGAGGACAAGGACUUCACAAGCUCCUUUCCUUUGCAUUCAUGCCGACAUAACUAACCCCGACCCCUGGGAGAUCCGGCGACUGGACAAUAUCUCCCAGUUGCUCACCUCAGAUAUCGACAGUUCACGGAAUGACGUGGUUGACGCACUGUCUACGCACUCAGCUCCCCAUCUCCAGCUUUUUCUCGUGACCGACCUCACUUAGAUGGCUGUCGAAAAACGUUGUGUUAGUUCUCCCGGUGACGAGGGUAUUUUCGGAUUCCAACUCCAGGGCCAGACUGAAACUAUUGACGAAUUUACCAUUCUCUGCGAUAUCUCCACCGUCUCCCACUAUCCCUUCGUAACAAGUUCCCUUCUUCCCCUUACAACACCUUCCACUUUGGGAAUUGAGCGAAUAACAAGCCGGUUUCUGACCACUUUGUUAGGCAUGGAUGCUCGCGGGCCUCGAGACGCGGGUACGGGCGUGUUUCGGCUGUCAGCACACCAAUGCCCCCAUAAGCACCUUCUCGAUCGUGGCGGAAGGUCUAUUCACGUCAACCUUGACCGUGCAGGCUCCCUGCCUCUGUCCACGGCUGUUAUUAUCUCCUCACCUGCGUGGAAGGCUGCACCUGGUGUCGAAGCUACAAAACUGGUCAAGUCCUGCCUCAGCCGUUCAGUUGCCAUCCUCCGUGCCCUCCAGAAUCACGGCUGA